CGUUCAGUAUGGAAUACCAACCUCUUUGGGCCGCUUGUGUAGCAAUCAUCGUGUUCUACGCGUCAGGUUUAAUACUCGAAGGCCAAGCUCUGCCUGACAAUGAGCCGAAUCACAAGUUUGUCCCGGUUGACAGCAGACAGAUUGAAGAGAUGCUAGCUUCUAAUGACAGUCAUUCCAACAAUACUAAUGCUAAUGUAACAGCCAGCUCAACCACCACACAGAGCACCACCACCACACCCGAGGAGCUGGGCUUCCUGCCCGAGACUGGGGCAGAUGAGGAGGAGCACAGCAGCAGUCUCACCUUGUUUUUUAUCAUAAUAGUUGUCGUACUGGCCAUAUUGAUUGUGCAUAUGUUACUGGCAACCAAGUUUUACUACCUACCUGAGAGUAUCGCCGUUAUUCUACUUGGUGCACUAAUAGGCCUUGUGCUGAAGAUAUUCAAUGCUGGAAACUGGAGGAAUGAAGAAGCCUUCAGCCCGACCAUAUUUUUCAUUGUUUUGUUGCCACCAAUUAUAUUUGAAUCAGGAUAUAACUUACACAAGGGAAACUUUUUUCAGAACAUAGGUUCCAUCUUGAUAUUUGCUAUUUUUGGAACUGUGAUAUCAGCACUGAUUGUGGGAGGCGGCAUUUUCCUACUUGGUCGGGCUAAGAUAGCCUACGAAUUGGACUUGGUGGAGAGUUUUGCAUUUGGUUCUCUGAUCUCAGCAGUGGAUCCUGUUGCCACUCUAGCUAUCUUCCACGCUCUGGAUGCUGACCCUAUCCUGUAUAUGUUGGUGUUUGGGGAGAGUGUUCUCAAUGAUGCAGUUUCUAUUGUACUCACAAAGACAAUAUUGGAGUUCAGUCAGCCUGGUGUUGUAGUGACUAGUGGGAUAAAUGCCUUUUUCUCAGCUGUUGGACGAUUCUGUGUGAUGUUCCUUGCCUCCUCAGCCAUUGGCCUGGCCUUUGGUAUUGUUAGUGCUAUGCUGUUAAAGUUUAUAGAUUUGAGGAAGACACCAUCUCUGGAGUUUGGCUUGAUGCUAUCAUUUUCCUAUCUUCCAUACGUCCUGGCAGAGGGGAUCCAUCUGUCAGGGAUCAUGGCAAUUCUUAUGUGUGGUAUAGUUAUGUCCCAUUACACCCAUUUGAACCUGUCACCAGUGACACAGAUCACUACCCAACAGACAUUCAGAACCAUUGCCUUCAUGGCAGAGACCUGUGUGUUUGCCUACCUAGGUCUGGCAUUUUUUAGUUUCAAGCUGAUAGUGAAACCUGCCUUUAUAAUCUGGAGCAUUGUUUUGAUAUUGAUUGGUCGAGCUCUGAAUAUAUUUCCUUUGUCCUUCCUGCUCAAUUACUUUCGAGAACACAAGAUAACACGAAAGAUGCAAUUUAUCAUGUGGUUUAGUGGGUUACGAGGUGCAAUUGCUUUUGCCUUGAGUCUGCACUUGGAUUUUUCUCCUGAGAAGCGUUUUGUUGUGGUCACUGCUACGUUAAUCAUCGUUCUGUUCACUGUCAUGUUCCUAGGGGGCGCCACUAUGCCCAUGAUGAAGUUACUUAAUGCUAAUAAAACAAAGAAAAAGAAAAGUAAAACUGGUGUGGAGGUAUCCUUAAGUAAGACCAGAGAAAUGGGCGAUGCUGUGGAUUCUGAACUUUUGUCAGAAUUGACAGAGGAGGAAUAUGAAAUCAGCUUCACCAGCAAACCUCACCUGAAGGGAUUCCUUAAAAUUGAUGCUAAAUACCUAAUGCCUUUCUUCACUAGACGUUUCACACAACAGGAAGUUCGUGAGGGUCGAACACAGAUGGACUACCUCACUAAUCAAUGGUCUAAAGAUGUCCGGGCAGCACCGUCCGAGUCUGACUCGGACGACGAGGUGGAGACAAGUCUUAUCAACCGUGAGGUGCUGCAUCAUUAGUGGUGGAAGCCAGGAGAUAUAUCGUAAGGGAAAGGUAUCUACCAUGAGGAGAGGCAUCAACCAUCAGGAGGUGCUGCAUCAUUAUGUAGUGGCAUCUGCCAUCAGGGGUGCUACAUCAUUAUGAAGUGGCAUCAACCAUUAGGAGGUGCUGCAUCAUUAUGUAGUGGCAUCUGCCAUCAGGGCUGCUACAUCAUUAUGUAGUGGCAUCAACCAUUAGGAGGUGCUGCAUCAUUAUGUAGUGGCAUCAAUCAUCAGGGAUGCUGCAUGAAUAUGUCAUGGUAUUAUCACAAAGUGCUGCAUCACUAUACA